UUUGGCUUCCUUCCCCGGUUAGAUGUAAAAUCCGAAUUGUUGAGUAGAUAAUCCCGAGUACAGAUCUGAAGGUCAACGAAGCAUUCAUCCCCUCCAAUUUCACAUACGUACAUAAUAUACCUACCUACCUUCCUUGCUUCCUACAUUUGCCGAAAUAAUGUCGGAAUGAUUAUAAACUAGCGCGCGCACUCUUCAUCACCUCUCCACUCCUCCACUCUCCGCUCAACAUUUAGUCCGGUGCUCCGAAUCCCAAAAAAACAUUGCCAGUCCAAGUCGCAAAAGAGUAGUGUGAAAUGACGCUCGCGAUUAAGCAGCUCAGUAAGGCUGCUCGUAUCAUCCUCAUCGGCGCCCCUGGUGUUGGAAAGGGCACCCAAACAGAAAGACUUCUUGCCAAGUUUCCGCAACUGGCGUCGAUAAGUUCCGGAGACCUCUUACGAGAGAAUGUCCGGAAGAAGUCACCAUUGGGGCUCAAGGCAGAGACCGCAAUGCAAGCAGGAAACCUCGUCCCCGAUUCUUUAAUCCUCGAGCUUAUAUCUUCCGAAUUCAAAUCGAAGGGCUGGCUCUCAACAUCGUCGAGCUCGUCUAUCGCCUCCAACGCCUCAUUCAUCCUUGACGGUUUCCCGCGCACCGCUGCUCAAGCUUCCAGUUUAGAGACACUUGUUCCUAUCAACUUCGUUGUCCAGCUUGUUACACCUCCAUCCGUCAUUCUCUCCCGGAUAGCGUCUCGCUGGGUCCACGAACCAUCCGGAAGAGUAUAUAACACUGAUUUCAAUGCCCCCAAGGUUCCUGGAAAAGACGAUAUUACUGGGGAACCUCUGACUCAGAGAGAAGAUGACUCGAUUGAUACAUGGAAGCAACGACUUCGCAAAUUCGAAGAAACCAGCGAGCCCUUGCUCCAGCAUUACGAGCGCAAGGGCUGCCUAUGGCGUGUUGAGGGCAACACCAGUGAUGAGAUUAGCCCACAGCUUUUCGCGGAAGUAGAAAAAAGGUUUUGCUAAUAUUUCCUUGUAUUUGAAUAUACCACUAUUCGACACCUCCCUGUACUCUAUUUUUACGAUGUUCUGUUUGGCGUCAAACGUUUCUACGACCUGUCAAGGGCUAUGAUGCGAGAUAGUUAUGUACCCCUCAUUGAUGAGGCCAUGCUGUUUGUGUUAAGAUUCACCUAAUAAUGCUAGCAUGAUCGAAAGGAAAGGAAAUACAGUUCUUAGAUUGGCCAUGCGAUGCCUUUCU